CCCCCAGGGACCAAACAUCUGUCCCCUUUGCACCCACCACUGCCUCCAUCCAACCCUGCCCAGUACUACCCGUGUCUGGAUCUCCUCCCAAGGGUUCUGGAGGGGAGGAGCACUGCCUGCCCCUCUUCCCUGCUUGACCCUGAGGUGUGCUCCCCACCCCAACACCUGAAGGUGCCAGUCGGCAGCUCAGCAAUGUCUGUAGCUGAUAAUUAUCCGGCUUGCACACAAUACCCUAAGAGAAGUGGAACCUUCAGAAGAGGGCUAGCCUGCUUAUCAGCCCUCCUCCCAGGCCAGUCAGUCACCCAAUGCUGGGCCAAUAAUUCAGGCAGAAGGAUGGGGGUGAGAUGGGGGAGGGUGGAUAGAUGAUGGGAAAACAGCUAAAUGGUUCCUCCAGUCCCACACGCCUUACUCCUGAGACUGCUGCGAGAGGAAUAUACUGGAAAGGGUUCACUGAGUUGCUGUUCCCCUCUUGGAGAACAUUUGGGGCAGAGUGUGGGCAUGAUGGCCCAGUCCUGUGAUACCAGAACAUAGGAAGUAGAGAUGAAGAGUAAGAAUCUGGGCUGGAGAGAUGGCUCAGUGGUUAAGAGCACCGACUGCUCUUCCAGAGGACCUGAGUUCAAAUCCCAGCAACCACAUGGUGGCUCACAACCAUCUGUAAUGGCAUCUGAUGCCCUCUCGUGUGUCUGCAGAUGGCUACAGUGUACUUAUAUAAAUAAAAACUAAUAAAAAAAGAGUAAGAAUCUAACCUCUGCUACAGUACGCAGCAAGUAUGAGACAAGCCUGGGCUAUGUGGGGCCCUGACUGAGAAAGAAAAGUUAAUGUUUGACAUAAAUGGAAGCUGAGUGCAGUGGCUCACGCCUUUAAUCCCAGCACUUGGAAGGAAGAAGCAGGCAGAUCUCUCAUCCAGGCCAGCCUGGUCUACAUAGAGAGUUCCAGGAGAGCCAGAUCAACAUAGUGAGACCCUGUGUCCAAAAAAAAAAACAUUUUUUCUAAACAAAUGUGGGAGAGGGUGUGUUAGGGCUCCUCUGAAGUCUGGGAAGGGAGGAAGUGGGUCUCACAUAGCAUCUGGGCCACGGGUGGAGCAAGCCAAGAACUUUUCCAGAACUCAUCCUCCGGCUCUGUAAGUUCUGGUUGGGAAUGCUCUCCUCUACCAUGAGACACAUGGGCCUUUCUCCUGGGGUCCUCAGAGUUGUCUGCCACUCAGCAACUAAAGAAUGUCACAGCCACCCCGCCCCAGCGAGGCAUGUCGGCUCAGACUAGUAUCUCAGCACUUGAGAGCUUAAAGCAGGAGGAUUGCUGUGAGUUUGGGGCCGGUCUGGACUACAGAGCGCUCCAAGCUAGUCUGAGCUAUCUCAAAAGAACAAAACAAAAAACAAAAACCAGGGGCUGGGGAUUUAGCUCAGUGGUAGAGCGCUUGCCUAGGAAGCACAAGGCCCUGGGUUCGGUCCCCAGCUCCGAAAAAAGACCAAAAAAAAAAAAAAAAAAAAAAAAACCAGUCCUUGGCAUAGCCAGGGACCUCUGAGGUCCAUUCUGAUCAGGUAUAUGUAAUAGAAUUAAAAUAUUAGUUCUUGCCCUAGCUGGAGCAGCCUUGAGUCUUGUCUUCCUCCAUGCCAGAGGCCAAAGCAUGGCUCACUGGUGCCUGGCAGCAUGAGGCUAGCCCAGCCGGACAUGGUGUCUGCAGCCACUACUGAAGAGGCCAGGCUGAGUUGGCCACUAGCAGAAGGAGCAGACAAGAGCCCACUGAGGGUCCUCAGCACGACAGAGUCACUUCUUCGACUGCAGAGGACACAGAGGGUGUGGCAGGUCCCCGAGCUGGACGCUGAGCAUGCCAAGGCCUUUCUCAAGCCGUGGCCACUGGGGAGCUUCCUGGUCAUCGGGCAGGACCCUGACCAGGUCCUGAUGUUGAAGACAGGACCUUCGUCAGGAGAUAUCAACACCUACCAAAUUCAGAAGUUUCCUGGAGGUGUGUCCCUGGAAUCCUCCAACCUCUGCAUGCCAGACUUUCCUCAUCUCCUGGCCUUUCUGUCAGCCAGCAGGGACGUUUUGCCAAGGACUCUGCUCUUGCCCACACCUACUGUGGGGCCUGGAGAUAAGCACUCAGAUCCUCGUCGACUUGGCUGCAUCCAGGUGGACACCUCAGGGAGGGUGCUGUCUGUGGUGAACCAGCUCUACCUGGAGACCCAUGGAGGCUGGGAAACAGAAACACCGCAGCAAACAAAGCCAGAAACUGGCCAGAAACGCAGUCUAGCCCCCAGGAUGCCCACUCCACACCGGGUCUCCUGGGUGGAAGAGUCUCUGAAACCGGAAGCUCACCAUACUGGACAGGAAGUGCAUCAUCCAGAAAGACAAGUGCAUUAUCCUGGACCAGAAGCUCACUCUCUUGGGCCAGAAGUACACUUUCCUAGUCCUGUUCUAGAAGAGGAGGAAGAAGUGAACAAUGACAGCUACAAGGAUGAAGAGGAAGGCUGCGAGGAUAUGCUCACUGCCCACAUCCGUGCUCUGGCCAGUGCCCGGAGCAGUUAUGUAGCCAGGCAGUACCAAUGCCUUCGAGCACGACUCAUCUCAGAUUCUGGAAAUCCCUACAGCCCAGGGGACCCAGCCACAGAGCUGCUUCAGGAUGUACGCCAGCUCCUCACUGACCUCCAGGAUUACCUGGCAAAAGACCCCGAUGUCAGAGCUGUCUUUGGGAAUAGGGGACCUAGCAUCCCUCGGGAAGAAGAUCUUGGCCCCGCUGUGGAGGUGGCCCUGUGUCGAGCGGUUCUGGAGCCCCUGAAGCCCGCCCUGUGGACCAAACUCCGAACUCUCAGAGCCCAGGAACUGCGGCGACUGCGCCGGCGCCAAAUAGCCUUGAGGGUAGGAGCAGGACCCGAGGGACAGAGCCCGGCCUUGCGGAACCGUAUCCACGCACGCCUCGCUCACCUGCACGCAGCGUGCGCCCCGCGCCGCAAGGUGGCGCUGUUGUUGGCGGUGUGCAGCGAUGUCUAUGCAGGCCUGGCUGGCGGCGAGAAUAAAGAGCCCCUGGGGGCUGACGCCUUUUUACCUGCCCUGACCGAGGAGCUGAUCUGGAGUCCACAUAUUGGGGAAACACAGCUGGAUGUGGAGUUUCUUAUGGAGCUCUUGGAUCCAGGGGAGUUGCGAGGAGAAGCUGGGUAUUAUCUUACCACGUGGUUUGGGGCUCUCUACCACAUUGCUCACUACCAGCCUGAUGCUGGCCGUGCACCCCAGGAGCUCAGCUCUGAGGCCCGGGCCUCCUUGCGCCAGUGGCACCGAAGACGGACACUGCACCAGCAAGCCCAGCCCACAGCCCCGGAAAACCAGCCCUUUGAGGAGCCAUGGGCAAUAGGGGACCCAUGAUGAUUGGAGUCCUCAAAAAUCAGUCUCCAGAACCUUUUGGCCCACUCCUCUGCUAAGCAAGAUUCUGGAGGCAUCUGGGUCAGCACAGUGGGUGGGGCAGAAAAAAGGACGUGGCGUUUUGCACUGGCUGUUCCUACUUCCUUCCUUCCCCUCCUGGUCUGUCCACAUGUUACCUCAAUGAGGCUCUCCCCAGCAAACAAAACCAACGCCUAAACAAUACUACAACUACAGCCCUCUCACCUGAAUCUCUCUGGGGCAGGUAGAAUAAAGGCACAGUCCCCAAAAGGUAUCUA